AUGGCUUCUGCUAGAUCUUACAAAACAGUUCAAAUUAUAUUCAUCUUGAUUAUAAUUACUGCUGCUUCUAUUUCAUCAGUCUUGUCUAAGCCAAAUGAUAAGUUAAAGAGAAUUAGAAGUUAUCUGAGGAGGAUUAACAAACUAGCAAUCAAGACAAUUGAGAGUCCAGAUGGUGAUCUAAUAGAUUGUGUCCCAUCUCAUCUCCAACCAGCUUUUGAUCAUCCUCUGCUCAAAGGACAGAAGUCACUGAAACCAACCCACCAUGGUUCGAGGAAGAGCAUUCAACUGUGGACUGAUUCUGGUGAAUCGUGCCCUGAUGCUACUGUACCCAUCAGAAGAACUACAAUGAAAGAUGUCCUGAGGGCUGGUUCACUGCACAAAUUUGGCAGAAAAACUUUCAGUAAACAGAGUGCUAAGAUAAGCAGUGAUGAUCAACUGAAAACUGUUGCCACUGUUACUGAAGAUUGUUUCUAUGGAACGCGAGUCAAGAUACAUGUCUGGAAAGGUAAUGAGACGGACCAAUACGACUUCAGACUGUCACAAGUCUGGAUAGCCUCUGGUAAUACUACUAGUAAUGAUCUUAAUACUGUUGAAGCCGGCUGGCAGGUUAAUCGGAAAUUAUUUGGAGACAACUCCCCCAGAUUAUUCACGUACUGGACGGCUGAUUCAUAUGGAACCACAGGAUGCUAUAGCCUCCUGUGUUCAGGCUUUGUACAAACUAAUAACAGAAUUUCUUUAGGGGCAGCAAUCCCUCCAAGAUUUACUCAGAAUGGCAGAGAACUUGAUAUCGACAUACCGAUGAUGAUUGCAAAGGAUGCUGAGCAUGGACAUUGGUGGCUCGAAAUCGGGCCAGGGUUCGUUGUUGGAUAUUGGCCAUCAUUUCUGUUCAGUCGUCUACAUAGCCAUGCAAACAUGGUUCAGUUUGGGGGAAUAAUGGUUAAAGCCAGAUCAAUGGGACUGAAUGCACCAGCUCAAAUUACAACCGGUGAUAUUUCAGAUGGAGGGAUUGGCAAAGCAUCGAACAGUCAAGACUUGAAAGUUACUGAAGGCGUUGAUAAAUUAGUGCCUUUGUGUAGUGUAGAAAUCUUUGCAAGACAGCUUUUCAACGCGUCUCACAUGGUCAAAUAG